AUGAAAAUUGAUUCAUGCAGUGGGGUCUGUUAAGUAGUCAGUAGAUUUAAAAAAAAAAGGUUUUAUUACCCUUUUUGUUCACCAACCGAAGGGUAAGAUAACUUGGAUUUCAAAUCUGGGUGAUUACUGAUUAGAGCUUGAGCCUGGAGCUUCUCCAUUUUCAAUUCCUUCCAUUUCAAAUCAUUCUAACUAUCAGGUUAAUUAUAUUGUUUAUGAGUUUCAUAACGAAUAAAUGAGAACAGUUUAGAGGCAAUGUUGCCAAUUAGGUUUUCUUUCUUUGGAGGUGGGGGAUCAAAUAAGGUUGAUAAUUAUGUGGAAGGUGAUAAAAGUGAAUUGAAUCCGACACUAAAACUGCAAACAGAUAAAGAUGUGUAUAGGCCUGGAGAUUCUGUUUAUGUUACGAUUGAGAUCUGCAAUCCCCUUGCUAGUGGCAAUACUGGUAGCAUUGUACCUUCACUUUUAAUUGAAAGGCUUGGCUUCGAAAUUAAAGGGAUAGAGAAGUUGGAUACUCAAUGGUUUGCCACUCAAAAACCAUUGGCCGGAACAAAACAAAGGAGAGGUGAACAUGUUUUUUUGGACUGUUCAACAACAUCAAUGGUUUCAAAUCAGAUUGUGCCUUCUGGCUCUGCAAAAACUUAUGUGGUACGGGCUGUGCUUCCUAGCGUUAUACCACCAUCUUACAAGGGUGCUACCAUUCGUUAUUUAUAUUAUAUUAGGAGUACCCUGUUCGUUCGAUGGCUGAUACUGGAAAAUGGUCACUCCAGCGAGGAGUCAGUAAAAGAUCUUAGUGAAGUGGAGGCUCGUAUUCCUUUUCAAGUAUGGGUAACUCAGAAGCAAAACGGCUUGGUAAUGGAAGACGGUCAAAGUGAUGGUAUUGUCCCUGCUACAACCAUUCAAACAGAUAUUUACUGGAAAGAGAUGGAUGGAGAUUCAGAAUGGGCUAGAGUGAGUGACAUGUAUGAUGGUGUUGAGGAAGGGUAUGAGAGCUCAAGAGAUGAAGUAUCGUCUGUUUCAUCCUAUAAUCCUUCAAAGGAAAAUCUAUACAAAACCUUUGGAAGUUCCCUAUCCUUGCAAUCAUCAGCAGCCAGGUCUUCAUAUAGAGAUGGUCCAUAUCAUGAUGGAGACCGUUUGAGUUUAUCUUCAAAUGUGGGACUUCCUCGGUUAUCUGUGGCUGAAGUCUUGUAUGAUCCUAGUGCAGAUAUUUUGCCAGCAGACAAGUCUUCAGCCAUUUUAUCUGCAAGUCAGCAGCGGACUCCUACAAGAUCGUUAGCUGCAGAUGAUAUCACAGGAGUAUCUUCUGCACCCAGCCCAGGAGCCACUGAAUCUGUAGCAUCAGAAGGCUUUAUUCGAGGAAGGUCUUAUAAUAUCAGGAUGGAUGACCAAGUUCUGCUCAGAUUUUCCCCUAAGAAUUCUGAGUCCACGUAUUACUUCAGUGAUGUGAUAGGUGGGACUCUUACUUUCUUUCAUGAAGGAGCUAGGAGAUGCCUGGAGGUCUCAGUCACGCUGGAAACUUCUGAGACUAUAAACAGGCGUUUUGUUCAUCCUUCUAGGAGAAAUUCCCCAACAAUUACAAAGGUUCAGAGUGAUCAUCAUGAAGUUGUUGCUGAUUUGGUACAGUCAAGUUUUCUUUUUUCUAUUCCCAUGGAUGGCCCCAUGUCCUUUUCUACUCCUCAUGUCUCAGUGCAAUGGGCUCUAAGAUUUGAAUUUCUCACUACCCCAAAGAACGUAGACUGGGCAAGAUAUGAGCAUCCUCUUUUAAUAGAAGGUAGAGACAAAAGUGAGUGGGUUCUUCCUAUAACUGUACAUGCACCUCCACCUGGAACUCCAGCCGCCCGCUCACGGAGUGAGAAACCUUUCUCUUUAGAGCCCUUGUGGGUUCGCAGUUGAAGUAUUGUUUGAAGGCACAUACAGCCUCCAAUGCUGAUGAGGAAUUAUGUAUACCUAAGCAGUCUCCACUUCAUUUCCAUUGCAAUGACAGAAUCUUACUUAAUGCCAAACAGUUGCCAACAGAUUGAACAGGCAGGGGAAGAUCCAUUUGAUUCUCCAGGAGUUGUAAACUCUAAUUUCUCAUAUUUGGUCUCAGCAUUUGUAACAUAAGAUUUUGAUAUUAAACCCUUGUUACUCAAAAUUGCAUUGUUUUGGAGUAGCUGGAAUCAGUCUGUACUGGUAUAUUCGCAUGCUUCAGUCUGUUAUUGUUGGGACGAGGAUGGGAGCAACUGAAACUUCCGAAAUAUACUAGUUUUAGAA